UUGGGCUUGUUUGAUUCAUUUUGCAAUUUCUAUUUCCUGAUCGAAGGUCUAGCUGGCUGCAAACUCGUUGUUUGCUCGUUCUAUGGCUGCUGUUGACCUCCUCGUACUACGCCGUUCCUCCCGAAUAGCACAACACCCUCAUCAUACAACCAGACGACGUCCUUCACCGAAUAACAACCCUGAACUAUUAGAUACCCUAGAGGGUGAUAGUUCAACCAGCGAGUCUGACGAGCUCACUCCACGUGCACUCAGAGCACUUAAACGUCGGCGUCUAGCCCUUGACUCGGAUGGUCUUCUCCUCCCCCACAUAGAGACACAUCAUCGAAGGAAGAGACGUAAAGAGAAUGACAAUGCCACCGUCGGCAAUACAAGUCAUGCCAACAUCGUCGGGACCGUCGGAGCUGUCAAGGAGGUGCGUCGCCGCAUGCGCCAAGUACGAGUCAGACCCCGUGCUCAAAACGUGCCCAAGCCACGCCACAUUCCACCUCUUGCACCAACAAUCAUCGAUCUUCCUAUACAACCCGUCACAACUCAAGAAUCCCUUCGUGACAUUCUCACCGAUCAACCGAGCAUUUUAGCGCCCAAGGAUGACGACUCCCCGCCACAACCACAGAUCGAGUCACAAGAGUCUAAAUCGUCGUCGCCGUUACAAGUCGACCUCGACUCUUUAAUCCCACUAGAUCCUUUACCCGAAUUCCCUCCACAUGACCCGCCCUAUACCAACUCUCCUGACUUUUCAUCCAACGCCACAUUUACCUCCGAAUUUCCCCCUGGCACAGAUAUGAACCCCUUCUCUUCAAAUACCCUUCCAUUCGGCUCAUCCCAGCUGUCUUCUCCGGGGCCUUUCGGGUCAAAUCCAUUCCCCUCAAAUCCCGGCUCCUUCUCCACAGGCUUCUCUCACGAAUUCAUCCCUACCCAGUCGCAACCCGACUUUGCUCCGUCACAAGACAACGCCUUUUCAAAUACAGGCGGGAAUGCAUUCCCUACCCAAGAGUAUACCAAUGCAUACACCCAAUCCAACGGAUACCCCCAACAAGGUACUUUUUCCCAACCAAACUCGUACGAAUACACACCAGCACCGCACCGCGAUCGAGAAGUCAACAUCUGGAAAUUGGCAUGUCAAGAACGAGUAGAAUUUCUACUUCGUCGCUACGGCAUAGACACUAUCAAAGCCCUUGUCGCAUCAGAAGCACGCGCCCGUUUCCCAUCUCCCUCCACCCACCCCUCCAACACCCGUUUCCGUCUCUACACACCCGCUUCCUACCUCGAACGCGCAAGCUACACUUACAAGUCUGCAGAGUUCGAAGCCAUCGAUUUUGAUAUGGACGACGAAGAGGAUGAAGAUGAAGAUUUGGAUGAAUGUGACCUUGGGGGUGAGUAUGAUGAUGAUUAUGAUGACGAUGAAGAGGAUGGGGAUGAGAGCUUGUUUUUGAUGGAUGUGGAGGGUGGCAAGGGGCUAAUUUUGCCGCCUUGUGUGCCGACGAUUGUGACACCUACAGUGCCGUCAAUUUUGACACCUACGGUUCCGUCGAUUUUGCCACCGGCGCCUACGACUGUGGCUUCGGUACCACAGAAACCACCCACAUCACCUCCGAGAUCUACUUCGCCGCCUGCUGUGCGAUCGUUAUUGGAUACAAUGCCCUCUCCUCGACCCUUGUGUGUGUCUCCACCAUGUUCGCCUCCACGACAGACGCCCUCUCCUCCUUUGACGCCCCAACGUCUUUCUGCUCCUUCAACGCCGGUUCCUUUAACGCCUCCCUCAAUAUCAACGCCCGCACAAACGCCUCCCUCAAUACCCCCAUCCAACCAAAUGCUCUCAACAUCAACACAUUCAUCCGUACCCCAUGUACCAUCACAUCCAACGCCAACGCCGAUACAUUCUCCCCAAACACCUUCCUCGCCCCAAACAUCUCCAGCCGUACUCCAAACACCGCCCCAAACACCCCCACAAACUCAUCAAAUAACCCUCCCACGCACCCCGCCCCUCUCCUCCCUCCACGUGACCCUCCUCUCCGAGCCUCCCCGCGCAUUCAUGGGGCGUGGCACUCCUCCCGAUAGGAGACGGCUGAGCGAGUGGGGGAGGUGGGGAUGUGUGCAGGUAUAUGGAGGCAAGGGCGCUGAGAGGAGACGGUUGAGUUUGGGAAGGCACGGGCAUGGGGAGCAAGUGGAGCAGUACAGGGAGAACAUGGAACAGCUGCAUAAAGAGGAUAUGUCUCAGCAUCAUCACGUAGAGAACCCGGUGGUAGCGCUGCAGCUUGAAAACCCAUCACAUCACCCUCAACUACCUUCCCAUGAACACCCACCCCGACAACACGAAGAUCCGCAUCACCCCCACACCCACGAACACCAAGAUCCACCUCAUACACAUACCCAUACGCACUCUGUACCAGGCGAAUGGACUAGUUUCCUAUUCGCAAUGCUUGAAGGGGAUGGGACGGGGAGUGCGGGGUGGUAUGAGCUUGAGGCGCAGACUGCGCAGGGUGGUGAGGGGAUGGGCGUUCCGCAGAGCAUGGGCGUUUUGGGUGGGACGCAAAUGGGUAGUUUAGGUGGGGCGCAGAGUCUUGGAUUGGGUGGGGCGCAAAGCAUGGGGGUUCUAGGCUCGGGUGGGCCAGGAAUGGGUGUUCCGCAAGGGAUAGGAAUGGGCACGUUGGGUGCUUCUCAGACUGUGGGGGAAGCGGACAGUACACUGCGGUUUGCGCUCGGGUGAAUGCGCUGGUCGUCGUUCGCCUGAUGAUUAUUCAUGCCCACACACACGACAUGAUGCAUGUCUAUUGUCAGCUGCCUUGUUGUACUGAUUGCAUUCGCCUUCUCGUCACGCCAUAUUCACCCUCACCUCGUCACGUUCACCUCGUCUUCUAUCACAUACGCUCGCCCUAUCACACACUCACCGUCACUCAUCACGCCCCCGCCACAAA